UAUAGGGAACCCGAUUAACCUCCUCACGACAGUUCGCCGCAGACUUGUUGAAAACUUUGCCUGCAAGGUAGAGUGAGCUAGGGUGCGCUGUAAUUACCCACCGACACCCUCAGUUCCUCCUAAUUAGUUUUCCCUUCGUGAGGGCGCGGAUAUGAAAAAAACAUUCCUGUGCACCGUUUUCCUUGCGUUGGUGGUUUCAUCUCAGGCUUGGUCAUGGUCAUGGCUGAUGCCAUGGGGCAGCUCUGAGAGUGCAGAAGACUCUCCCUGGUGGGAGACCUUUGGCGGAGGUGGUGGAGGCUUCAGACCUCCCACAUCGCCUGGCCCUACUGACCAAACAACAGCGGUAGAUUCAUCAACAACCGAAGGCCCCACAACAACUGAAGAACCUACAACAACUGAGGAACCAACAACUACUGAGGAACCAACAACAACUGAACCGACUACAACAGACUAUCCUACAGAAGUUCCAACCACCACUGAAGAUCCUUGGGGUCCGACAACCACUGAAGAUCCUUUGGGUCCGACAACUACUGAAGAAUCUACAACCAGCUGGCCAAGCUGUCCUACUCAAGAACCUUGUCCAACAUGUGAGCCGGCAACCUGCCCUCCCGUCGACGAGUGCCCAACACCACCACCCUGCGAUUGCUCCACCACUGAUCUAUGGUCUUCAACCUCCUCGGAUCCAAGUAGUAGUCCGAUUUCUUCAUCUGCCACAUCCGCCACACCUGCCGCGUCCACGCCAGCAGUUUCAGUGACCCCUGCUGACCCAAGCACAACCAUAGCUCCUUUGCAGAGAUUUUGCCAUCCUUGCGUCCUUACGAGAUGUUCUGUAAGUACCUGGGCACACCACGUGUACGCCCCAGGAUCGUGUGCCCAGUUCUGCAAAUGCGACUUUGACAAAGCGCUGCUGUUCGACUGUCCCAACGGUUUGCACUUCAACGCCCAGCUGGAGGUUUGCGACUGGCCGAUCAGGGCCCAAUGCACUAUUCCUCAAACGUAUCUGGGCGGCUGUGAAAAGCUGAUGGACGAAACCGUGCACAUGGGGCCUUAUGACGUCAAGAAAUAAAAUAAAUUCUCUGAUUCCAAUUUUAAAAGAAAAAAAAAUGUGAUCAAAUUUGUGAUAUAAAUUCCAUGAUUUUUUUACAUUACUGUGUUACUGUCUCAUUACAAGGCUAAAUUGCAACUCUAUUUGUGUAAAUAUAUUAUUGCAAACGUUGAUUGUAGAGAAUGCUUAUAUUUGCCAAAAAUAAUUUCCAAGUGUCAAUCCCUAUCCCCUAUUUUAGCUUGCCAAUAAUGUAUUUAUUUUGAAUCCACGUUGCUUAAUAAAUCAUGAAUAAAUAAUAAACAAAUAAGGAUUUGAUCGAAUAAAUAUAGUAUUAAAUAAAAUGACAUUAUUUUCAUAAUUUGCA